AUGCGAAGAAUACUUAAACAAUUAACAGUAGCUGUAGGACCUAUUCUCCUCCAACUCCAGCUGCGAGUCGCUGAGAUUCAAUUUCAGUAUAAAGCAUUAGAGAAUAAAAAAACUAUUUCAAUCAAUUGUCUUAAACGUUUACAAAGUAACAUUAAUGAUCUAAAACAUUUUAUUGAAUUUCAUAAGAUUAAGGCCACGUGGGAUGAAUUAAAAUCUACCACUGAUCAUAUCACUGAGAAACAAUACCUAUUAAUCGUCCGACAACACAUAGCUGCUCAUAAGGAACUUGAGGAUCAUAAAAUCUCAUUUAUUACCCAUUUAGAUAAAUCCUACCUACAGUGUUAUCCAGAUUACGAAACUCAAUCAGGAAAACUACCAUCUUUCGAUAAUUUUUGGUUUUUGUUGAUUAUACCUAAAUAUAAUACUAUAUCAUACACUACCUUUACUGUAGCAUAUUUUAUAAGGGCCCAAGAAAGUGAGGCUAGCUUUUUGGAAAGAGAUCACUUAUUGAAAUAUUUGUUGAGAAAAAUUGUUAUUACAAUUAGAUAUAGGGACAACAUACUAAAGGAAUUCUUUGAUAGCAUCGCUGAUAAAUUAUAUCAAAUUUGGGUAAAAACAAAACAGUUUCAGUCAUGGAAAAUUGAAAGUCACCUUUUCAGGGAAGCAAUGAAAGUUCCCAGGGAUGACACUGCCAGUAGCAAUGGAAUAUCUUUCUUUGACAAUACAAAUGAACUAAAGAGAGGAGGAACCCCAAGUAGAAUACGUCGAAGAGUUACAUUUAAUACAAGAAAUGAUAGGAGAUCUCCAUCCUCUAUUAGGGUAGAAAAUGUUCAACAAUUAGUAGCCUCAACAUUAUCCAGUAAUCAAUCAUCAAGGCUAUCAAAUUUAAGGGUAACAACUCCAUCAGUAGGAAAUACAAAUAGUGGAUCAUCAUUGGAAAAUCCCUACAAUUUUUCUCAAGCAACUCAAUAUAGUCGUAUGUUUAAUCCCUUGGCAUCACUUGAUCCUCUCCGAAAUAGUAAUUUUUCUACAACCUCUAGUUUUACAACUGCAAAUUGGCAACCAGUAAAUAACCGUUGGCUUGAAAGUAACUCAAAUAACAGAGGAAAUAACACAAUGGGAUAUCAAAAUGUAACUACUAAAAGAACCCCACAGUCAACAACAUCAGUACCUAGCAGUCAACUGUCAAAUAAUAUAAACACCUCUCAGCCAAUACUUACAUCUCAACCAGCUAUAGUACCAGUAGGAGGAAACAAUGACAAUGUUUACCUUUAA